AUGAGGAUUUACGAACCACACAAACCAACUUUUCAUGAUCAGAAUCCGUUUGAUGCAUUGGUUGAUUCUGUGUAUGCAUCUUUAGAGAAAGCAGGUGGACCAAACUUGCAGGCUGUGGUAUCGGAGGGUGGUAGGCCAUCAGAAGGUGGUACUGAAGCAAGUGUUGGGAUUGCAGAGACUUAUUAUAGGAUUUUGAUCAACCAUGUGAAGAAUGGAAUUCCAAAGAGAAGUGGAGCUAUUGAAGCUUAUCUAUUUGCCAUGUUUGAUGAGAAUGGCAUGGAUGGUAAUGAGGUGGAGAGACAUUUUUGUCAAUUUAGUGCUGAUAAACAGCCCAAAUACCAACGUAGUUUCAAUUAA